CUCUUCCCUCCCACCCAACUGUUGCCAUCUUCCAGCCUUGCUCCAACUGUCCCGAAGGAGACCGGCCGGCUGUGAAGGCGGCUGCGCCCAAGGAGACUUCGCUCUCUGCAGCCGGGGGGAGGGGGGCAACGAAGGGCGGACGGACAGCUCUUUGAACCCACAGGUGGGAAUGGCCUCGGUGGGCCUGCAGCUGGUGGGCUACGGCCUGGGCCUGCUGGGCCUGCUGUGCACGGUGAUCGCCACGCUCCUCCCCGGCUGGCGCACCAGUGCCUACAUCGGUUCCAGCAUUGUGACGGCAGUGGGCUUCUCCAAGGGCCUCUGGAUGGAGUGCGCAUCCUACAGCACCGGCAUCACCCAGUGCGACAUCUACAGCUCCCUGCUCAACCUGCCCUCUGACCUCCAGGCCGCCCAGGCCCUGAUGUCCACCUCCAUCGCCGUCUCCCUGCUGGCCGCCCUCCUCUGCGUGGCCGGCCUGCGCUGCACCAUCUUUGCCCAGGGCUCUCCGUCCAAGGACUGGGUGGCUGUGGCCGGAGGGGCAGCCUUUGUGCUGGGGGGGCUCCUGUCCUUCAUCCCCGUGGCCUGGAACAUCCACGUGGUUCUCAGGGACUUCUAUAGCCCUGUGGUGCCCGACAGCAUGAAAUUUGAGCUGGGCGAGGCCCUCUACCUGGGCGCCUUGUCCUCCCUGAUCUCCAUCAUCGGGGGGCUCAUCCUCUGCGCCUCCUGUCCAGCCCGGGAACAUCGAUCGCCUGCUGUCCGCUACAGCCCCUACCAUGCCCAGACAGUGCCCACGCGGAGCCCCCCGCCUGCCACAACAGGGGCAACCCCAUUAACAAAGACUAAGAGCGAGUUCAACGCCUACAACCUCACUGGAUAUGUGUAAAGGCAGGUGGACUGGUGCCUACAGAUCCAUGACUGCCCAGCCCUCAGCUCACCUGAAGGCACGGGACAGGUAAGCCAGCAAGGAGGCAGCCGGUCACAGUCCCCCCACUCCCCUAUGCCUGUGUUUGCACCCCGCCAUUGCCAGGACCUCUUCUUCCUCAAUCAUCACCUUGGAUGGCCCCUGCCCUCAGAGUUUCUCUGGAAGAUCCUGCUUUCCAGCGUGAAAAGAGCUUUCCAGCAUGAAAGAUGGACGGCUGUCGCAGGAUGGGUCUUUGAGGCAUCAAUUUGCUAUUGACCUCUAUGGUGCGUCUGCCUCAUACCCCCCCCCCCAUCUUCCAGCAUGGAUCAGCAGGGCCCCGACACAGGACACAGGCAGGGAUGCGGCAGAUCCCGCAACCAGGAUUACUGGGCCCAAGGCUGGUCAAUGGUGACUGGAAGGAACUGGUGGGCAUUCUUUGGGGAGACUGGAGGUGUGAUGGGUGGGAGGGACAGAUUGUGGAUUCCAAUUGAGCAAUGGCUCAGCUGCCCACCCCAGGCUUCCUGAUGAGCACAAUUAAAUUGGGGCAGCCGAAUUAGACCUCUUUUGGUCCCUGGGGUGAUGUCCUUCAGUAUCAGGGCUCAUCUGUAGCAGUAGCCCCUCUUCUGCUUUGCCAGGCUGCCUCCUGCAAGUGGGAAACAGGCCAAGCUCACAAGGCACAGGGCUCCAGGGCUGGGCUGGAUCAAAGUGUGUCCUUUCGCUUAAUGACCUCAGCAACCUCUCGCUUUGAAGAGUCACCUGCCCGCCUACCCUUAUUCUCCUGUGGGAGGAGAGCAGGAACAGCCUGGCCUUGGCAGGGAAUAACAAACAUCAUUAGGGAGGAGGGGGGAGGGAGGCCGGUGAGCUAACUGCCAGGCCCUUCUGCCUCCCACGGAUGCUCUGUGUCUCUCCAGGCCUACCAGCACUGCCCGCCAUGUUCUUGCCCAAGCCUCAAGGCACCAGCAGCACUGGCCCCGAAGGGAGAGGAGGAGGCCAUGGGAAGCUGAAAGUGCCAGAAGACCUAGCGAGACCCUCACUGUGGGGAUAGGGCGAAGGGGUGCCCUUUCUGGAGAGGGUAUUGGGGAGGGAAAGGGUCACUCUGGGUGACUGGAUUCAUGCCCAUCUGCCAACAGCCAUCCUCCUCCUCUUCCUUCCAUUUCUCCAAGGGAGCGGGCUGGGUGGGCACCAAAAUGCCAAGCCAAGACUGGAGGGCUGCUCUGCGCUGCACCAAUUUCCACCCAAAGGCAGUGCGGGCUGGGACCCUGCCUGCCCCAAGCAUGAAUCACUUUUCAGUGGUAACAAAAGGGAGGGCAUGGAAAUGGGGAGGCGGGGUACCAAGAACAGUCCCUAAAUACGAUCCUGGGAGGGGGGAGGGCAUACGGUGCCAUUGCAUUGGGAAAGCAGACCCUUCUCAUGUGUGUGUUGCCAAAGGCUUUCAUGGCUGGAAUCACUGGGUUGCUGUGAGUUUUCUGGGCUGUAUGGCCCUGUUCCAGAAGCAUUCUCUCUUGAUGUUUCACCCACAUGUUUGGCAGGUAUCCUCAGAGGUAGGAGCUGGGGUGGCACAAUGGGUUAAACCCUGAACACACCCUGAACUGUUGACCUGAAGGUUGGCUUGUUCUCAAGUUGCUUCUGACAUGAUAAAAAAAAAUCCCCAGAGGUGUGAGGUCUGUUGGAAACUAGGCCAACAGACACCACACCUCUGAGUUUGCCUGCCAUAGGUGUGGGCAAAAUGUCAGGAGAGAAUGCUUCUGGAACAUGGCCAUACAGUCCAGAAAACUCCCAACAAUUCUUCUCAUGUGGUUUGGUGGAUGGGUGAGCUGAACUGUUGUCAAAUAAAGCUGUGAAAACUCUGUC